AUGAAUCCAGGGGAACUGAGUCAGCAGCUGCUGCGGUCCCUCUCGGCUGCUCCCCUCAACUUCCGUGGCUCGACUUAAAUCCCAUUAAUAAAUGUCAACUUUUUUUUUUUUUACUUAACACGGAAAGCGUGAGCUGCGUCAGUGUGGAGCAAGAGGCGUCUUUUGGGGGAGUAAGACUGAAGAGGACCAUCUUGAAUCGCUGAGACGUCGUUUUCCCCGAGGCUUCAUGUCUCUCAGAGUUUCAAGCAUGAGCGUUUUUCCUCCGGUUCGCCGGGACCGGGUCAUCGCUCAGCUGCCUCAGGCUUUCAGAAAGGAGGCGGCUCUUCAGAUUACGGACGAAUUCAAUAAUAAAGUGAGGACGGCCUGCCAGGAGCAGCGGACCGGCACUGUGGGAUUUAAAAUCUCCAAGGUCAUCGUGGUCGGUGAUCUGGCUGUGGGGAAAACCUGCCUGAUUAAUAGAUUUUGCAAGGAUGCCUUUGAUAAGAACUACAAGGCGACCAUCGGUGUUGACUUUGAGAUGGAGCGCUUUGAGGUGCUCGGCGUCCCUUUCAGCCUGCAGCUUUGGGACACUGCAGGCCAGGAAAGGUUCAAGUGCAUCGCUUCCACUUACUACAGAGGAGCUCAGGUUGUGAUAAUCGCGUUUGACGUGAAUGACAUCGCCUCUCUGGGCCACGUCAGGCAGUGGCUGGAGGACGCCUUGAAGGAGAACGAUCCCACCAGCGUUCAGCUCUUCCUCGUCGGCACAAAAAAGGACCUGAGUUCUCCUGCUCAGUAUUCCCGGAUCGAACAAGAUGCCAUAAAACUUGCGAGAGAGAUUCAUGCUGAGUACUGGGCUGUCUCAUCGCUGACGGGCGAAAACGUCAAAGAGUUCUUCUUUCGAGUCGCCGGUUUGGCCUUUGAGACAAACGUUCUUGCCGAGUUGGAGAAAAGCGCAUCGAGACAGAUUGGCGAUGUUGUCAGAAUUAACAGCACUUCAAGCAAUCUGUACACCACAACAAAGAAGAAGCAGGCCAACUGCUGUCAGUAAGGAUGGGCUAAAGGUUUUUAAAAACAAAAAGCAAACGCACAGACUGAAUGAGACUUUUUCUCAGCGGUGGAUGAGUGUGGCUGCCGUCCAGCUUAGUUGGGAGGAUUUCUGUGGCCAGAAAAGGAGGGGAGCAUUUCAUGGCAUGUUUAGCGUCUGUAUUACUAUUAUUUUUUUUUCCUGACCAGCAGGAAAAGUGAGGAUAUUUGUGGUGGACUUUAAACACAGAGCGAUAGUGCUGCCAUCAAACUGCCAAAGAGUUUUCAGAUACUUACUCAGCUUAUAGCUCCAGUUUUGCUGCUGUAGAGUUUUUCAGAAUCAAUUUCUUAUUGCAUUUUUAGCUCAAACAUAUAGGUGAAGUUUUGUGUGUUUUUCCCCAACUCCCACUUUUUAUAUCACUAGUUCUUCCCCUCAACUCCUUUGUUGCCGUUUAGAUGUUCUGGUAACUUGAUAGAAACGUGUAAAUCAUCUUAGUAUGAAUGUACCUUUUAAGGCUGUGGCACAUUUUCAUACUGAAAAAAUUACAAAAUCCAACCUUUAAUUUAAGUUCAAUUAUUAUGUGGGUGAAAUUCUUUUUGAUACAAAGCUACUGGAAUCCCUUAUUUUAAACUGAAUGACACUAUUAAUUUUCCCAGUAAUUUUUCUUUUCAUUUUUAUAGUGGCUGUGAACUUUUACUUACUAACCUGGGAGUACUUGUCUGCCUGAAGCCUCACUAUAGAGUCACUUAUACACCCACUUCUGUUAGUCUCUCUUCAAAAUAGGAAAGAAAGGACAGAGAUGCCAUAUUUAUGUGUCGUUUAAAGUCAGGGCGUUUCGACAAGAAAA